AUGACAAACGUGUCUCUACUCGAUCUUCCUGUCGAAAUUCUUCAUUUCAUUUUGGAUCAUCUUGAUACGCCAACUAUUUUCCGUUCACUUCGCAGCGCUUCCAGGCAACUCUAUGCGACUGUUAAUGCCUAUGAUCGGUUUGAACUCGAUUUAUCGUCUGUUGCGCAGUGCCAUUUGGAAUUCAUAUCCGAUCUUAUUCGCACUGAAAACAUUACUUCUUUGAUUUUCUCUUUUGCGAACAACGAGGGAGCGGUCAAUGCUGACCUGGUACUAUCGAUCUUUAGUACUCGACAGUUUACUCGACUUCGUUCGCUGACUCUUCUUGAAAUUAAUAAAAUUGAACUAUUAGAUCUUUUAUUGCAGCAUGUCGACCUCCUGUCACUGGUAUCAUUUUCCGUUCAGUUGCGUAACGUAUAUGGAACUGAAACGCUCCCUCUUCUUUCAACAGUUAUCGCUCAACCCAAUAUGCGCAAGCUGCGUCUAAUAGGUUUCAAUUAUAUGAAACCAGCUCUAUCAUGGCCAACUCAUUGUGCAUUACAGCAGCUGAAAAUCGGAUGUUGUACUUUUCAAGAAUAUAACUUUAUUCUGGAGCACUGUCCUCUUUUAAAAACAUUCGAAAUGCAAAACUGCACCAUGUAUCACAUUAAUAAUCGUAUGAAUGUAACAUCGUCUGCUGGUGCACACUUUUCACAACUGACUUCUUUAACAAUGAAUAAUUGUUAUUUAUCGUUCGGGGAACUUUAUGUUCUUCUUUCCCUGACGCCAUCACUCAUUCAUUUCAAACUAAUCAACGUUGGAUGGAACUCUAACUCUUUAUUCGAUGGUUUUCGAUGGGAGGAGUUCAUUCAAAAAAGUCUACCACUUUUGAAUAAGUUCGACUUUUGUUUUCGGCGCACUUCAAGCAACUGUUCUGAAUUUCAUAGUCUUCAUUCGAUUAUAAAUCAAUAUCGAACACCAUUUUGGCUGGAGCACAAGUAUUGGUACGUUACCUGUGAUUAUACAAUAAGUGCAUCAUCAUCUCAAGUAAUACUCUAUACAAAACCAGUCAAUAUCGAUAGUGGCCAAAUCUUAAUCAGAUGUCAAGCAUUGUCAACUGAUGAUAUUUGCUAUUUCACUAAGUACCAAUCAAAUGAAAAAGAUCAAGUUAACGAAAAAGAAGCUCUCACUGCAUUAAGUAUCGGUGGAAAUUCUAUUGGUCCGGAAGGGGUGCAACAUCUAGCUGACGCCUUACAAAAUAACAAAACACUCACUAAGCUUCAUAUUGGUGGAAAUCAUAUCGGACUUCAAGGAAUACAACGUCUAACAAAUGCAUUAGAAAAAAAUACAACACUGGCAAUUCUCGAUCUUCAAGAUAAUCAAAUUGGAGAUGAAGGGAUAGAAUAUUUUUGUAAUUCGUUAAAAAACACUCUAACAUUGACUUCACUCGAUCUUAGCAGUAAUCAAAUCGAAGCACCGGGUGUACGAUAUAUGGCUGAUCUACUUGAAAACAAUUCGAUACUGGCUACACUCAGUUUGAGGGAUAACGAACUGAGAAGUAAAGGUACUGAAUAUUUGGCAUAUGCAUUAAAAACGAACAUGACACUUACUACACUCAAUUUACGAUUCAAUUAUAUUGAUGAUGAUGGAGUAGAAAUUUUAGCAGAUACUUUAAGAAUUAACACAGCGUUAACUAUACUCGAUCUCGCAUGCAAUCAAAUUGGAAUGAUGGGAGCAAAACAUCUAACUAAUAUGUUACAAACAAACUCGACACUUCUGACACUCAAUCUAUGGGGCAAUCGAAUUAAAGACAAAGGAGCUGGAUAUUUGGCUUCCGUAUUAGAAACUAACAAGGCACUUACUGCAUUGGAUAUUGGAUCGAAUCAUAUCGGAGACAAUGGUGCAGAAUAUUUGGCUCAUGCAUUAAAAACUAAUAGGACACUCAGUACACUGAACCUUCAACAUAAUUCUAUAACUACCAGUUUGAUUCAACGUAUCAAUGAAUUGAUCAAGAAAAAUCUUAGUGAUGACUCAUGA